UAAUUCGAAUUCCCCGUUGUGAAAGGACGUGUGCCGCGGUGUGCGGCAGAUGUAAACAAACGAGUAUCAUCCAAAGCCGGAUACACACACACGAACAGGACAUGUGUACUUGAUUUCACGGAUUGACAUCAUCCCUGACAGGGAUGCCCAGCUACUGCAGAACUUCAAUCUUUCCUUACCCUAUGACAAGGGGGUACUGUCAUGGGUGAAUGUGAGACAACUGUGCGUGUGUGGAAGAAAACCAGAAGAUAUACUAAUCUGCAUUCAUCAUCACAUUCUUGGGAAGGAAGUACACACCACUGAAGCACUUUGACACCAUCACAGAUUUUGGAUCCCACAUUGGCUACACCAUGGUUGACUCUCAGAGGCAAGGAGACAAUGAAAGGCAGUCUGCAAAUGCUGCUGUGACACAAGCAGUAGACUUAAUUAUGACCUGGAAGCCAGCAUCUGAUGUAGGUGAAGAAGUAUGUGGUAUUCUCGGAAGCAACACUCCAGGCACAACCCUAUGUCACACUCAUUACUCUGAAAUUGUGAGUAAGUGCACUUCCAAGGGCAUCUUGUCAUGUGGCUACCUAAACCUUCACAGACUAGAGUUUGCACUGAAACACUUCAUGUUUGCCUCAGCAUUUCUCAGCACUGGCUCUGCUACUUACAUCAAUGCCUAUUACCGCAAAGUUGUCAAACUGCGAAAUCAGGCAUUUAUGAGCUCCCUUCUUCCUGUGAUUAUUGCACCAUCUCUUCUUGGGGGUAUGCUCCACCAUCAGUUUGUACACCGUCCACUGAUUUUAGAAACCUUCAAGUGUCCUGUGUGUGUGGAGCUGAGGGGAGGGAUGGUACAGUUGUUCUGUGGCUUUGUCUAUCCACUAAUGUUGGCCCCAUUGGCUGCAAUGCAGUUUGCUGCCAGAUUGUUCACAUACCCUGUGCCAGAUGCCAAGAAACCUCUGUUAUUGUUGAUGGAGAUUCACAAGAUAACAAAGCCCAUUCUACCCAAGUUUUAUAUCCUAGCUGCAUUACAAUUCAUUGGAGGGAUGGCCUGGACUCACUGGGAAUUACACAAUCUCUACACUGUAUUGGGAAAGCUGGGCAAGAUGGAAGAAGCUCUCGAGGAUCAUCGUAAGAAUAAAUUGAAUCAGCAGUGAAAUGUGGUUAUGCAAACUUAUACAUAUAUAUUCUUCAUUACUGGUCUUGUAACACUCCCACUCAUUCAUCCAUCAUGUGGCAAUGUAUCGACUUUAUAUUUAAAAAAAUUAUGUCAUAUUCUUAUCCAUCUCUCAAAUGCUAAAAUGAAUGAGAAAUUUAUGUAACAUUUCCCUAAAUGUUAUGAAUCUGUUCUUUUUUUUAUUCUGUCUUACCGCCUCAAGGUUUGAGGGCAACUAGGGUGGGAUCAGGGUGUGGGUACAACUCUGCCACUUUUUCCCAAUAUAAAAUCAGGUAAGUCACCUGCUGGUGGACACGGGGAAGAUGAUUUAUGUCAGGUUGAGGUCACCAGUGCCUCACCUUUUGUGAUGACUUCACCAUUCUAUUUUUAUGACUGUAUUCCUCAUUAAGUACCUGAAUGAUAUUUCCUACUUAUUUUCCUUCAAAUUGUUACUAGAGAUACUUGAACACCUUAAACCUGGUGUGACAGUUAAUUAAAGUAGGAUGUUAGGUUGAGGUCGCUGCCUCACAGUGCCUCGGUCAGGAUGGGUAGGUGUGAGUGUUGCUGUUCAUGAGUUAAAAUAUUUUAUCAUUAGUUAAAUAACAUAUUUCCCACUAGUGUUUCUUCAUAUUACCUUCUCAAUAUAGUUAACAUACCAUACUUGCCUGCCUUAAAACUGCUAUAAAAGUUUCUUAGCAAUACUAAAAUAUUCAUACCAUGUUUAUUGGCAUAUAGAUAUCUAUGUGUAAUAAGUUUACUUUUGAGAGAAUAUUAUAAUAUUUAUGUCAACAGUAUACUUAUUAUUUAUUUACCUUGUUUAUAGUGCCUGUUACAAAUAUCAAAAGUUUUGUAACAACUCUAGCAAACAUGGUAUAUCUACCUAUGUCCUGGCCUUACCCUAGUUGCCAUUUAAGAAUGAUGUUUUUAUAGUUGUAUUUUCAAGAGAAAACAAGUGUCUUUAUUUUUCCUUUGAGCAUCAGAAAUCUGUAGCCUGAGUUUUAUUGUUUGAUUGCAAGUCUUGUAUGAAUGGCCUUAUGGACACGUCAUCCACCAUUCUUGUGUGUGUGUGCAUGCUUGCGUGCAUGGUAAGCUCCUUGGCCCAAAUAAUUGAUGUUAGAAAAUGUGACAUCACACCCAGGUUCAUAUAAUAAUUGUUUUGAUUUUAUCCUCAAAGAGCAUCACCACUGUCAGUUACAAAAUCACUGUGAAGAUGUAUAAAGUUACAAUCUGUUUGAGGUUGUGUGUAAAUAUCUUUUUUUUUUUUUUUUUUUUUUUUUAAUAUUUAUUAAAUAGAUUUGAAAGUAGUGAUAA